GACGGCUGUGUCAAAAAAUGAACGUGGCGGAUUUAUGUGCUCAUUGGAUUAAAAAAUACUUGUAUUUGUAUGAUUAGAUAUGGAUAAUAUAUCUUAUCUUGUAGUUAUUUACUCUAUUCCAAUGUAUGCUUUUACAAUUUCUAAAAGUGUAGAUAACUCAGCAUGAUGUCAUAGGUAACAAGAGUGAUAUUCAACAUGGGAGUUACAAUAGAAAAAAGUGACAAAAAAAAUGUAACUACCAAUUCUACUACUACCACAACUGUAACUAUAGAUAAGGUGGGCUUGUGGAUAGUAAUCGUGACAGUAAUAAUAAUAGUUGUGAUAGUGAUUGCAGGAGUUUGUGUUAGGUUCAUAUUAUCAGACGAGCGCCUUUCUAGGAUAAUUCUGAUGAUUCUUAUUUUUUUAUUGAUACUUUUGGGUAUCGUUGUAAUUACUACUUUGAUGAUUCGUCGGAAAAAAAAUACGGAAGUUGUUACAGUUCGGGGAACUUAUCAGAGAGUUCAGCCCUCUGCCCCACUGGAAGAACCAACAAAUUACUCGAAUAGAACUACACUACCUGCUUGAAAAUUUGUAUUCAAUAAAAUUAUUUCUUCAACAAA